CCUCAUUAUGAAGCUAAUCUACAAACAGUCUUAACUUCCGGUGGGCAUCUCGCUUACAUUUGCCGCCUUUUUGAAUUGUCUCAAAAUUAUUAUUCAAUUUGUAUUUUCAUUUUAGUCUAAUUUGAACUGAAAAUCAAAAUAUAAACUUGUAAUAAUUCCCGAGGGAGGAAGACUUUCGAAAUCCAAGGUGCAGUUACUGACCCAGUGAACAGUCACUAAAUUUAACAGAAGGGAUUCAGGUUGGCAUUUUUGUAAAUAAACCAAUUUUUGAAUAUAUUUGCAAUUUUUGUUAGAUUCUUCUUCGCCCAGAGUUAUCCUCUUCCUGCCAGACCCUCACUCCUCAGCUGCAACUUUCUUCUCCUUCAAAAACUUCAAAUAUUUGGUCUAUAACCUUGCUUUGGAACAGCAACAAAUUCUGCUCAAAUGGCUAAAGCGAUGAGUGAUUACAUUUGCGUUAGAGAAGCAAAUGGGAGUUCUAAAGAUUUAGCUUCCUCAUUUGGUGUACGGUUUAAAUCUUCGAGAAUUCGAGCUUCACAGCCCCGUAACCACAAGAACAACUUCUACAAACAACUGGGUUUGUUUCGAUAUCCCCUCACCUCUCUAAUUUCAAGCUUCUUCACGUGAAUGUUUUAUAUAGUAUGAUUGCUUUCUACCAAGUUCAGGAAGUAGUUUACCUUUGGAUAUCGGUUGUUCUGAUUACUUUAUUGAAAGUGGGUUCUAGUAAGUUGUUGAAAACUGUUGCCUAAUAUCUCUGUGUUGCCUAAAGAUUGACCGGAUAUUUGCUUCGAGGAUUAGGCUGUUAACUUGUAAUAGUGGAUAAUUAAAAUAGGAUGGGAAGACUAGUUUAUGGAGUACCAAUGUUAUACUUAACUCUUUAAUGCAAAGUCUUUAAUGCUCUGAGUGUCAUGCAAAUCGAAAAUGAUUUAGAUUAUUUUGAAUAAGGACUGUUCUUUCAACCCCUUAAGCAGUUCAUCAAACAUAACAAAACCAGUUUCAAAAGCUUCUUUUGGGAAUUAUGAUGCUCCAAUUUAGUUGACGGGUGAUAAUUUGUUCCCAUUGUCAUAUAAGCGAUUUGCUGUUUCUAAUUUCUUGGAAAUGUUUGGCUCACUGUGAGGAAUAUAUGGUAGGUAUGUUUGCCUUGAGGAAAAAGAUAGAAGAUUCAAUUCUUACCGCAGAGAUAUUGGCACCCUCAGCAUUGGAACAGGAAGAAGUGAGACGUAUCAAACAACAGAAAGUUAUUCGCGAACGUAAUUUGUGGGAUGACCUACCUGAGGCAGAUGAAGUCCUGGUCAAAUUGGCUGAAAGUGACGAGCUGGUUGAUUCUCUCAAGGAUCUUAAGUUUAAGGCUGAGGAAGCUAAACUUAUCAUGGAAUUGGUUGAGACUGAUGCUAUAAAUGAUGGACUUUUUAAGCAGGCGUACACUGCAUCCAUGGAUGUAAGUAAGUUUCUAAAGAGAUAUGAAAUGUCCAAGUAUUUUAAGGAGCCAUAUGACAACGAGGGAGCUUGUCUUAUCAUUGAAUCUGGAGAUGAAGGAAUUUACGAUGAGAGAUGGGCCGAGCAAUUAGUACAAAUGUAUAUCAAAUGGGCCGAAAAACAAGGUCAUAAUUGGAGGGUAGUUGAAAAACUUCCUCUGAAAGGUUCUGGUAUUAAGUAUGCAACACUUGAGUUUGAAUCAAAAUUUGUUUAUGGAUAUCUAAUGGGAGAAAGAGGUGUCCACCAUAUGAUAAGGGCUUCACAAGAUGGAUCUGUUUCCUCUGAGACUAGUUUUGCUACCGUGGAUGUUAUUCCUCUGUUUCUCGGAUCAGAGCCUGACGUCAUUAUUCAUGAAAAGGAUCUAGUCAUAUCAUCUUUAUUGCACAGUGAAGAGGACCAGCGCCGGAAAAACCCUUCAAUUCACAUACAGCACAUUCCAACUAAUUUAACCGUCAAAUCGACUGGUAAAUUCUAUAAACCACUACUGAUCUGUUCAAACAUUGCGUUGCUUUAUCGUUUGAUGAGCCAUGUAGUCUCAAACUUGUAAAUUACUCAAAGUUUUGGAGUUGUUUGUUCAAGAAGAUAGGAUGUUUUCUUCAAGUAGUUAUCUUAAUACUUUUGAAGUUUUUAUGAAUGCUCUCCUGGUGUAUUAGUUGAUUUUGUACGUUAUAAUGCUUCAUCUAUUUAGAAAAGUAGAUUUUUUUCUUUUUUCUCCCGUUGCAGGUGAACGAAGCCUUUUUGCUAAUAAGAUGAAGGCUCUAAAUCGCCUAAAAGCCAAACUUCUCACCAUCUUGAAGAACCAGGGAAUAUCCGCUGUUGAAGACAUCGACAAGGACAUGGUUCUUGAUGCCCGGACCCAGGAAACCCGAAGAUAUGUGCUUCACCCCUCUAAGCGUGUUGAUGAUGUAAAAACUGGUUUCCAGUGCUAUGAUAUUGAUUCUGUUUUAAAUGGAAAUAUAGACUCUCUUAUUGCUGCUCACAUCUAUAAUAGAAGUUCAUCUGAGAGAAUUUGAUCAACAUUUUUAAUGCAAUUUGUAAGAGUUUAUCGAGCCCUUAGAGUUUGUUUUUACUCCAGAUCCCAAAAUAGAUGCCUACCUCAUAAGAAA